AUGAAAUGUAUUGUUGGUGAUAUAGUUUUUUUUGUAAAUAUCUUCCGUAUACGUUUUCAGAAGACAGGAGGUUCGACUAGUGGUUUCCUGCUUCCUCCUCCUCCUAAGCCACCAGUAUUUGCGCCAUCGUCGUUGUUAACGUUGCCACCGCCGCCCCCGCCUCCUUCGCUGAUAUUGAGUAAUAGUCCUGAUAGAAAUGUUGGAGAUGUUAUUACUCGAAGGAUGGAAGCAAACAGGCGUCUAUGUGAAAAUCCAAAUGAUUUUGACGCUAUGAAGAUGUUGAAAGAAGCAGAAGAGCAGGUUAAUGCUUGGGCUGCGAGUAAGAUGCGCCUAGGUCAAUUUUAUGGUUCUACAGAAGUCCGGAUUUUAACGGUGAAUCAGCUUGGACCUGAAGAUGCUCGAUUUAGUGCUUGGGCAAAGAAGGAUUUUUUCAAAACAGCUAGCAGGGUGUCUAGUGGUGUCGGAUUAAAGCUAAUGCAGAAGAUGGGUUGGACACCUGGUGAAGGUUUGGGGAAAUGCCGUGAUGGUCCUCUUGAACCUCUUAGUUUGGAAGUGAAAUCAGAUAGAAGAGGGAAGCACCCAGUUUCUAUUUUAAUGGAGUUAUGUUCAAAGAAGAAGUGGCCGUUACCGCAGUUUACCUGUGAUGAAAGUGGGCCUUCAAAUAAUAGGCGCUUUCUUUGGAAAGUGGUUGUCAACGGAGUCGAAUAUCAACCAGCCUUACCAGCUAAUAACAAAAAGACAGGGAAGGCAGAAGCUUGCCAAAUUGUUUUGCAGUCUCUCGGUUUGAUGCCCAAAGACUCAUGUAUGUCUGUAGUAUAA